CCACGUGCGCCGUUGCCUGCCGGGAUCAGUUCUGCUGUGCAUGGCUGUCGGGGCAGGCAUUUUCAGGCAUUGUUUGUUACACUGAAGCUCCAGGCCAGCUCCGUUUCCUGACGUUGGCCAUCCCGUCUGGGGCGACGGGAGCUGGGUCAUCAAUUGACCAACAACAAACACCAUCCAGCCAGACCACGGGAGUGUACAAGUACUAUCACCAUCUUAACGACCCCACGACGUGAAACGAAUUCGCCGAUACUUGAUACGAGACACAACGAAACAAGCGAAACGAAACAAAAGGCGACGAAAAGCAAGACGAAGAUCCGGGGUAAAUUAGCUGGUUGCACAUCAAACACCCCCGCCAAGAAAUCAACACCACCCAAGCUCCCGUCUUCCUGUCGCAUAGUAGGCCUGGCGCCAGAUAGUACCGACACGAUACAUCACCAUCCGUUGAAUCAAAUCAUCUUCACGACAACAAGAUACUCAGUCAAAAGCCAACAUGCUAUCCGAACGCGACUUCCAAAUCUCCCCCAUUGUGCAGGAGAGCGUGAUGCACAACUCCAAGGCCCUCCAAAACCUCCAAUCCCUCUCCGCCUCCCUCUUCGGCAUCUCCGCCGGCAUCCUCGGUCUCGAAUCCUACUCCGGCUUCCUCUUCUACAUCUUUUUUUCGUUACUCACCUCUUUUCUCAUCUACCUCGUCCGCGUCGCCCCUUUGUCGUCACCAAAGGGGUACAAAGACAAUAAAGGCACGGGCAACGGCCUUGGGAGCGGGGUCGGCGGCGUCAAGAAGUAUUUCCGGAGUGGGUUCGAGUUUUGGGCGGGGGGUAUCAUGAAUGGGUUUGCGGGGUUCGUGUUGACUUGGACCUUGUUUUAUGGGUUGGUUAGGGCUUAGUUGUCACGGGCUAGGUGGAGGAGGGGAAGAGGGAGGGGAUGGGGUGGAAAGAAAGGGGGAAAGAGGGGGAAGAAGAGGAGGGUAGAGGAGGGUAGAGUGGGAAGUGGGAUAUCGUCAUGUGUGGAAAGACCAGAGAGGUGGGGGAAAAGAGGAGGAAUGAAAGACGGCUUUUGUUUGAGGACGACAUGGGAAACUGCUGUGUGUGUUUUGACGACGUGAAAUGCGGAAGCACGAUAGGCAGAGGAAUUACGAAUGUGAUGCUUUGAAUAGAAAACACGGGUUCGGCGUUGAGACCUGAUUAUGGAACUGGAAGCACGUAUUGCUACGAAACAUCACGACAUUGGUACAUCGUACAUUACCCAGCCGCGAUGAAACCCAAUAGAGCCGUUGGUUAUGAGACAAAGCACAAUUCAGCAAUGCUAACAAGAACACUAUGC